AUGCGUGCCGUCGCGAUUGUAGGCGCAGCCUUGGCGCUUGCUGUUGUUGGCUCCGAAGCCAGGAUUGGCAUGGGUGUCUCGCCGCGUUUGGGCAAGCGAUCCAAAGCAGGCGUCCCGUUGGACUUGUACGAACGUCACGCCGCUGGACACGAUGUCGGCGGGGCUCGCAUGACCCCAGUGGCUCGUCGCUCCCCAGCACCCGCCGCUCCUACCAACGAAGCACAGGAGGCUCAGAUCAAGAGCGAGACGGAGGCAUGCACACCCUACUCCAUUCCCGGUGAGUCCGUGUGCUCAAUGCAAAGUACUUCUACUCGGCUGACAUUCUUUACACUAUCAAUCGCUUGACGCAGAGGUCGUCAACAUCAAGGGUCAAUUUCCCACCAUCUGGCAGACCGCCGACAUCGUUCCCGGUGAUUCCGCUGCUCAGAGCGUCUGGCAGAACAUCCAGAGUCAGAACAUCAUCCCGGCGGAUAUCAAGCCGAAGGGGACCCGUGAGUAGACGCGAAAGUCCACUGCCUUCCAUCGCCGUGACUGAUUUUCUCCAAGCACGAUUUCACAGCCAACGGCGACUUCUCCAGCUUCACACCGACUUACGAUCACUCGGACCCCGACUGCUGGUGGACUUUCGACAACUGCGUGAAGCCCAAGCACCCCAAAAUUCCUGCCGACGUAUACCAAUGCCCUGAGCCUUCCACUUGGGGCUUAACUUUUGAUGACGGACCCAACUGCACUCAAGAAGUACUGUACGACUUUCUGCAGCAACAAAAUCAAAAGGCGACCAUGUUUUACAUCGGCUCCAACGUUCUUGACUGGCCGCUUCAAGCCCAGCGCGGUUUAGUCGACGGUCACCAGAUCUGCGUCCACACAUGGUCGCACCAAUACAUGACCGCUCUGUCCGACAGCCAGGUGUUCUCCGAGCUGUACUACACUGCCAAGGCCAUCAAGGAUGUUGUCGGUGUCACUCCUCGCUGCUGGAGGCCUCCUUACGGUGACACGGACGAUCGCGUUCGUGCCAUUGCAACCGGUCUCGGUCUUAGCACCGUGAUCUGGACCGACGACACGGACGAUUGGAAGGCUAUCCCAGCAGGUACCUUGCCCAAAGCUAGCAUCGACGCCAACUACGCAUCCAUCAUAAACAAGGAGUCAGACUCUACAGGUAACAUCGUCCUUACUCACGAGCUCAACAACGGCACUAUGUCAGAAAUGAUCGAGCAAUACCCGCAGAUCAAACAAAAGUUCAAGCACAUCGUCCCCAUCACUGCUUGCAUGAACGAGACGAACCCUUAUCCAGAGAGCAUCACCUAUCCCAACUUUGCUUCUUACAUUUCGGGCGACAUUGAGCCAAAGGGCAUUCCCUCGGGCACUGACAUCAAGGUUCAGGCUGCCUCGUACGACCCUCUGGCCGCUGCGAGCGCCACCGCCGCCGCCGGUGACGCUACUGGCGGUAGCACGUCUAGCAGUGACAAGCAAGCUAGUGCUCAAGGUCAAAAGAGCACUGGUAGCGGCAAGAGCGCCGCUUCGUCCAACAGAGCAGGCAAGGCCAUCGUCGCCGUCAGCGCUCUCGGUGCUGUUAGCGCAUUCAUGCUUCUCUAA